AUGGGGAAAUCAACAGAAGUGGUAGAAGUGAUGAACAGAAGGCGCGUAAACAUCAUGUGCCUCCAAGAGACAAGGUGGAUAGGAGAAGGAGCUCGAGGCUUGAUUUUAGGGUAUAAGGCGUGGUACGUUGUACAAGAAACGAGCCACAUGACUAGGAAUGGUGGAGCUAGGAACGGAGUUAAUGUGAUUCUCGAUGAGAGGUUGUUGAAAGAGGUAAUCGAGGUCUAUCAGAAGAAUGAUAGGUUGAUAAGGGUGAAGUUACUAUGUGGCAAGGAGAUUGUGAAUGUUAUUAGUACUUAUACUUCCCAAGUUGGUUUGGAUGCAGAAGAGAAACGACACUUCUGGGAAGAUUUAGACGAGGUGGUACAGGGUGUCCUCCACUUAGAGAAAUUAAAUAUUGGUGGUGAUUUAAAUGGGCACGUUGGGGCGAGCCGAGAUGGCUAUGAGAGUGUCCAUGGAGGCUUUGGGUAUGGGCAGAGGGACGCAGGUGGUGAAGUUAUUAUGGAUUUUUCCCAAUCAUAUGAUUUAAUUUUGGCUAAUACUUGGUUUAAGAAGCGGGAUUCCCACUUGAUAACUUUUCGGAGUUGA